UUAUAUUGGGAUUAGUGUAUUUUCAAGCAUGGAACAAAUUGAUACUGAUAAUAACACCACAACCAUUGAUGCUGUUCAAUCGACAGUAUCUGUUCAAGGGAGGAUUUCGGGUCCUACUAGAAGAUCAACUAAGGGAGGUUGGACAGAGGAGGAGGACAACAUGUUGACCAUUGCUGUCCAAAAGUUUAAUGGCAAAAACUGGAAAAAGAUAGCCGAAUCGGUGCCUCACAGAACAGAUGUUCAAUGCCUGCAUCGAUGGCAGAAGGUUUUAAAUCCCGAUCUUGUUAAAGGACCUUGGACCAAAGAGGAGGAUGAUCUUAUCUUUGAGCUUGUGGAGAAGCAAGGGAAGAAGAAAUGGUCUGAAAUAGCUAAAUUCUUACCAGGACGUAUCGGCAAGCAAUGUCGAGAAAGGUGGUGUAAUCACUUGAAUCCAGAUAUAAAGAAAACUGCUUGGACUGAAGACGAAGAAUUGAUUCUUAUUAGUGCGCACGGGGCGUAUGGGAACCGGUGGGCGGAAAUCGCAAAGCUUCUUCCUGGCAGGACAGAAAAUUCGAUAAAGAAUCACUGGAACUCCUCGGUGAGGAAGAAAGUAGACGCUAUGGCUGCUUCUCGAAUUAAUGCAGUCGAUCAUAGCCCAAAAGCGGAGUGCAUAUCAUUAGACAUAAGCAAACCACUUGAACAGAAUCUUGAUCAUGGAAGAAGUAUCAGUUUCUUUUCAAUGUGUAAAGAUGCAAAUGGGAUAAUGAAACCAUCUUCUCUAAACAUAUCUAUUAAGAGAUACGAAGAUCUGACUAUCGAAAAUUGCCGAGUGCACUCUUGUGAUCCUCUGCCAAGAAACUGUCAAAUGCAUUCUUGUGAUUCUCGAUCAUACUAUAAUGUUACUUUUGGGAAUCAUGAAAGAAUAACUUCACAGUGCUUUCUUGCAAGAAUGCAUGCCGGAUCUUCAUCUCAACCAUUGAGUGAUUCAUUACAUGCUCCUGUUUCAGCUUCUUGUUUUGGGUCCUCAAGCAAUGAGAUGACUGGUAAAUUUCCUGAUACAAAUAGUUACAUUGGUCUGGAAUCAAUAUUGAGAAGUGCAGCUAAAAGUUUUAAAAACACACCAUCUAUCAUUAGAAAAAGAACUACUCAAAUUAGAACACAAGCUGACAAUCACAAUAUAAAUCAGCUUCCUUUAUCACCUACAAAGUCUCCUAAACUCGAAAACAAAGCACAUCCGAGGUUAUGA